AAGAACUAUGAAAACAUUCACGAAGAAUUUAAAAAGAAACAAAAAAAAUACAAAGAAGCACUAGACAUUGCUAAAGAAAUUCCUGAUAACUACAGAAAUAUAAAAAUUAUUAUAGCUUAUUGUAAUAAGGAAAUUGGUUAUGAUGAAUCUGCUUUUAAACUCUAUGAAGAAAUUACAAAUAAAAAAAUAGAAGAUUUAAAGAAAGAAGAAAAUUUUAAUAAAGUAGAACAACUCUUUAGGGUGACAGAAGAUAGAUUCAAAAAUAAUCUUGAAAUUUGGAAACAUAUUAAAAAUAAAUAUGAAGGCUUAUCUGAGAUUGCAGAUAAAAAAAUCAACAAAUACAAUCAUAGUCAUAGAAAGGCUAGGCAACAAACUAAUGAUUUUAGCAAAUAUGAUGUAUUUUAA